CCUCCUUCGCUGCUGGGUGUCACAGGCAGCAUCACGGCAGCAGACAUUUGGCGAGCAAAGCGAGGACUGCGGUCAAAGCAGCUGCGCGCUUCAUGCCAUCCCGCGGACGUUUCGUGGGGACACGGGAACAUCCGCGGCGUUGCGCGCUGCCUUCAAGGGCCCGUUUUCUUUUUUGUUUUCUUUUUGGCUCCCCGAUCCGGAGGCCGACCGUGUGUGGAUGCUUCACUGCAGAUUUGAUGCUGCUGAGCAGGCUCGUCUGAUCGCGAAGGCUUCCGGCCGGGCGGGCGUUUGCGGGGCCGCAGAGAGAAAGAGAGAGAGAGAGAGACAGACAAACAGAGAGAGAAAGAGCCCACCGUCCAGGUUUUCUGCGUCCCUCCUCUGCCCUGUGGUUGCUGGUUGGACUGCCGCUGUGCUCCGUGAUUUCCUUUUUUUUCUUCCUGCAGUCUCUCUGAGUCAUUUGUAGUAGAAGAUGGCGGACAGGGCUGAGAUGUUUUCUCUUUCCACUUUCCAUUCCCUCUCUCCGCCUGGCUGCAGGCCGUCCCAUGACAUCAGUUUAGAGGAGUUUGAUGACGAAGACCUCUCUGAAAUCACAGAUGACUGUGGGAUUGGACUCAACUACGACUCUGAUCCAUAUGAAAAGGAUUCCCUUAUCCUGGAGAAGAAUGACAUGCACCACCCAGUGUGCUCCUUCCAGGAUGACUUUCAAGAGUUUGAGAUGAUUGAUGAUGAAGAUGAGGACGAAGAGGAGGAAGAGGAUGAAGAGGUAGACCCUGAUGCACCCCCAUCUCCCUCUGCAUCCCCUCCUCCCUCACCUACCCUGGGAACUCUAAAGAGCAGACCGACCACAUUGAACCUCACCACUGCUGUUUCGCAGGAUUCGCUGAACAACAACAGCAGUCUGUCCCCAAAGAAAGGAAGUUGGCAAGACUCUUUACGCAAUCCAACUUCACAAGGUCGUCUAUCUCCAACCCACUCAUGCUUGGAAGAUGGUAGCCAUGUGACAGGCCAGUGCAGAGCCUCUCCAAUUUCCCAGGCUCCAGGGUCACAGAGCAAAGGUACUCCACCAAAACAAGCAGGGGAGGGCGGGAACCCCCAGUCUCCUCAUAGGCCCCUCCUGUGCGACAUGGAGGGCAACAGACGGGAAAGGCCCGAAUAUGGCUCAUUUGGUCAGCACAGAUCCCACCCAUGCCCUUCAGAACUCACCGAGUCAAAGGUAGACCCAUCAAUCCAGAAAGCCAGAGUACCGUCCGUAGAUGAACACUCCCAGUGUUCAGACACAGAGGUGGACCACGACCUAAACAGUGACCACAACCAUAAACACUCAAACCGGCGCGCCACAGACACUUACACAAUCACCAGCGAGUCUGGUAUGGAGCCAGAAAAUGACCCUGACCCAGAUGGGACCAGUCAUUGUUUGUCAUCAACGGCUCCCAUGGGAGGAAACGAAGGCGCCGAUACACCAUUGUCUGAUGAAGAGCUGGAGAAGGACUUUGAAGUGGAGUUCAUGUAUAAGGGGACCUGUGAUGUGGUCUGCAAGGAGAAUCAGUCGUCCUAUGUGGAAUUCCCCCCGAUUGAGUCCUCUGGCCCUGUGUCUUUCACUAGCUAUCAAUCGUCAAGCCGUUCGGAAGCCCCAGACCAGUCCAGCAGUUCAGAUGCUCAAACAGCUUCAGUUGUGGAGCCAGCCGCUAAUGAUUCAACCUCCCCAUCCUCGGACCCAGGGAUAGCAGACAUGAACCAACAGGGCUAUGUGACUUCAGACCAGGACAAGGACCUUAGCUCUCCAGGUUCUGAUUCUGAUGUUGAAGGGGAGCUGGAGGCAGCAUUUGCUUGUGGGGGUCCCCGCGUUUCCAACAUGAUCUCUUCUAUCUCAGAAACAGAGUUGGAUUUGACAAGUGAUGAGAGCAGCAGUGGGCGUUCAUCUCACCUUACCAACUCUAUUGAGGAGGCUAGCUCACCGACUUCGGACCAAGAACUGGACCCAGAUACCGAGUUAGAACAGGACAGUGGAAUAGUUGGCCUGAAAACAUCUCUCCUCUUGGGCCAGCGUGAUCCAAUCAAAGAAGGCUCUCUUCCACCUUCUCCUUCUCCUAAUCCCUCACCUACUAUUGCUACACCCUCACCUGUUGACUCACCCAUCUUACCUCCAGAGUCCUACGGUGAUGGUCAGGUUCUUAUGGGGUUGCAGAGUGUGGACAUUGAGCUGAUUUGUGAUCACCAUGCUGACCCAGAUGAGACGCUGCCUCCAGCCCAGUGCUGUGACGACCCUCUGUCCAGACCAAUGGUGCUUGAGAUAGAACCAGACCACAGCCUAGAGAGUUUCAAACGCUCCUUCUACCUUCCAGUAGGGCCCAGACUAAUGCCAUGUGCUGAUGAGUAUGAUGAAACAAGUGAGGGUGAGUCUGAAUCGGAGAGUGAAGAUGACCUAAGCGAGAACUCAGACUCCCCGUGGCUUCUUAGCAACCUAGUCAACAGGAUGAUCUCUGAGGGUUCAUAUCCAAUUAGUUGCCCUGAGGAGUGCUUUAGGAGGAAGACAUCUGUGUCUGAUACCAUCUCACCAUCUUCAGACAUUGGAGAUGUAGAUGAUUUCAGUGAUGAGAGCCAGGAUAAGAAAGCAGAGACAGGAAGUUCACAGGAAAGUGAAAAGGAAGGCAAAGGGUACAGAAAAGAGAGGAUGGAACCAGGAGUAAGUUCUCAUCUCUAUAUGUCCAACCCCAACGGUGAUACUAUAAAUCCGCUGAUUUUUGAGCCCUGUGCAAGCAGUGAAACGGGAACCACAGAUCUGAACUCCUUGUAUGCCCCUAAGGACAGUGACAAGAACUCCACAGAUAAACUAUCUAAGAAUGCUGGAAGACUGGAAGAUGAAGAACCUAAUAAUGACUUGAUGAUGCUGGAAGGUAGAAGAGAUUUAGACUCACCCAGCCUCGAUGACAGUGUGAUCAGUGACAAGGAUGAGGGGCGGGAAACCGAACCCAGGCCAACGAGUCGUUCGUCAGCAUCUCUUGAGCGCAUCACAGAGGUCAAAAACAGUCUGACACUAGACAUACCAACCGCUCAGACCAACCGCUGCUUUAGUCUGACUUACUCCACUGAUAAUGAUGAAGAGGAGGACAAUGGUGACUCUUAUCCUUUUAUGGGUAGCAUGAGGAAUCAGUCAUAUGGUGGUAGUGACCUAGAGCUUGACAGCUCACCACCCAUUGAUUCCAGUGUGCACAAUCAUCCGUUACCUGACCGUGACCUCCCACUGUGUGAGAAAGACCUGAUUCUCAGGCAGCCAACUGAAGAUGAUGGACUGGCUUAUGACUCCAUGAAGUACACAUUAGUGGUGGAUGAGAACACGACGCUGGAACUCGUCAGCCUUCGGAGGUGCACCUCAGUUUUGAGCGAUGACAGUGAGUUGUCAACCUUAUGUGAUGAGGAGCUGUUGGGGACCGGAAAUGUGGGCUACAGGCAUGACAGUGAAGAUGUCAGGCCAGAACUUCUGAGUUCUUCUGAAGAUUCCUCUCCUGAGGCUGAUCUGCCGUUUUCCAAGAAGUUCCUCAACGUGUUUGUCAACAGCACAUCCCGUUCCUCAAGCACAGAAUCCUUUGGACUUUUCUCAUGUACCAUCAAUGGGGAAGAGCGGGACCAGACGCACAGAGCGGUUUACAGGUUCAUUCCCAGACAUGAGGAUGAACUGGAGCUGGACGUGGAUGAUCCUUUAUAUGUGGAAGAAGAAGAAGAUGACUAUUGGUACAGAGGCUACAAUAUGCGGACAGGAGAAAAAGGGAUCUUUCCUGCAUUCUAUGCCCAUGAGGUCAUAGGCCAGUCCAAGGAGCUGCUGGGCCUGAAAAGGAAUCCAGGGUGGAUAGAGACGUUCAAUGUUCAGUUUUUGGGUUCUGUUGAGGUACCUUAUCACCAAGGCAACGGCAUUCUCUGUGCCGCCAUGCAAAAGAUUGCGAUGUCGAGAAAACGGACGGUACAUGUGCGACCCCCUUCUCUGUGUGAGCUGGAGAUCAGCUUACAGGGAGUUAAACUAAUCAUGAGCUUGGAGGACGAAUAUGACACCCUGGAUGAGUACGACAGAUGUAGUCACUUCUUCCAGAUGAAGAAUAUCUCGUUCUGUGGAUGCCAUCCGAGGAACAACUGCUACUUUGGCUUCAUCACCAAGCAUCCAGUGCUGAACAGAUUUGCUUGCCAUGUGUUUGUAUCCCAGGAGUCCAUGCGGCCUGUGGCUGAGUGUGUCGGUCGAGCCUUUCAAGAGUACUACCAAGAACACCUGGAGUACGCCUGCCCGACUGAAGACAUCUACCUGGAGUAGGAGUUCACGCGACGACCCUUUUCCUCGACAGCCUCUGUACAUUGGUUACAUUUUCCACCAGAGGACACUCUCAGUCUUUCUUUACUUUUAUUUACUCUCCUCCAGGACCAUUGUAAAAUAUUUUUCUGCAUCCUUCUCAAACCGGGAUCCUCAUUUCUACAGUAAGCUAGUUGUACCUUUUCCUGUUGAUUUCCUUGACCUCGAUGCAUCGAAUUGCCUGUUUCUUUUACCUUUUUUUUCUAUGAUAUAAAACUAAAAAGCUGAGCACCUGUUUAUUUAAAAAACGUCCCGUUUUGAACUGAAAACCUUAUACCUAUUACGGCUGUAUCACUUCUCAAUGCAUGGUUGCUGCACACUGACACACCAACAAAUACACAUAUCCAAGGGAAUGACAAGCAGCUCAACAAUCGUAAGGAAUUGGUGUAGAAUCAAACGGUUUGUAAAUAUCUUUUUUUUUUUGUUUGUUAAAAACACCUAAUUUGCUUUGUACUGAAGAAGACAGAGUUAACUAGAGAAGGCUAGCGGCCCUUUUAUUCAACCUACCCCUUGCGUCUCGUACAAGAUCAAGUGUGUGUUGUAAA